GUUCUACUUGCCUUGUGAAGAGCCGUGUAAUAAGUACGUAAAAUGUUAUUGCAGAAUUGGCUUUGUUGCUGUUGAAGCCGACUUGGCUUUGUUGCUGUUGAAAUUGCAGUGAAGCAAUGAAUGUCAAUAGCAGCCAAAGUGUGAAUGGCAGCACCCAGGGCGCGUUUCGAGGCAAUGACCCGGUCCGUCUGCAUGUAACCACAGCGGUGGCGCAGGUCAUCGUGUGGCCCUUCAUCCUCAUUGACCUCUUUAUGCUCCUGGUCUACUUAAGGAAACAGGUGCUGGGAACUGAGGCUCGCUAUGUACUGUUUGCCCAAACCUUGCUCGCCGACGCCAUUUUUCUUCUGCUAACUAACUGCGGGGUCAUCUCUUACUAUGUGGACUUCGUGGUGCCUAUGGCUUUCUGCGUCCCGCUGUGCAUCGUGAUGGACGCCUUGGCCCAGGUCUCGCCCAACAUCAUCCUGGCCAUGUGCCUGGAGCGCUACGUGGCCAUCUGCAUGCCUCUCAGGCACGUGGAUAUCUUCACCCCACAGAGGACCGUCCUCAUCAUCACCAUAAUCUGGCUCCUCUCCUUCAUGCGGCCCCUCGUAGACUUGAUCAUCCUGCUCUCCUAUAUAGCAGAAAGCUACUUUUAUAAGAUGACCUCUUGUUCCUAUGAGGUGCUUCUACAGCGGGACUGGCAUAUGAUGAUGAGGGGCAAUGUGUACAUCCUUAAACUGGUCUUCACUGUGCUCAUCUUGUGCUUCUCCUACGGGUCGAUCAUGAUGGUUGCCAGAAGGGCCUCGGGUGAUAACAGAAACGCCGCCUCAAAGGGGCAGCGCACUAUGCUACUGCACGUCUUACAACUCUUCUUUUGCACGCUAGAAGCCGUCAGCCCCUUCAUCGAAGCUCGCAUCCUCGAAAUGAGGGACAUUAAUUUGUUUCUCAUCAUCCGCUACUUUGACUUCUUGGCAUUCCACAUUUUUUCCCGAGCGAUAAGUCCGCUCAUCUAUGGUUUUAGGGAUGAAAAGUUCUAUACUGCUCUGAGGUACUAUGCCUGCUGUAAGUUUAAUGACAUCUCCACACACACUCACGUAACCCCCCAGUGGCAAGUUAAAUAUCUAAAUAAGGAAUUGCAAAUCGUAUCAAAGUGAUCAUCUAAUUUUUCAUCAUUCAUUUU